AUGCUUGAUCUGAAAACGUUUUCUCUCUCUCUCUCAUCUAACAUUAUUUCUAAGUGUAAGGGACUGCAAAAUCUAUCUAUCUAUCUAUCUAUCUAUCUAUCUAUCUAUCUAUAUAUAGUUGUGUCUGUUCAUAUUUAUCUAUCUACCUGCGUUUGUUUAUCAGUCUAUAUAACUGAGUCUUCUCAUAUCUAUCUAUCUAUCUAUCUAUCUAUCUAUCUAUCUAUCUAUCUAGUUGUGUCUUCUUCUCAUAUCUAUCUAUCUAUCUAUCUAUCUAUAUAUCUAUCUAUAUAUCUAUCUAGUUGUGUCUGUUCAUAUUUAUCUAUCUACUUGAGUUUCAAUGCUUAUUUAUCUUACUCUCCCUCUCAUUUAUCUUACUCUCCUUCUCAUUUAUCUUACUCUCCUUUUCAUUUAUCUUACUCUCCUUUUCAUUUAUCUUACUCUCCUUCUCAUUUAUCUUACUCUCCUUUUCAUUUAUCUUACUCUCCUUCUCAUUUAUCUUACUCUCCUUUUCAUUUAUCUUACUCUCCUUCUCAUUUAUCUUACUCUCCUUUUCAUUUAUCUUACUCUCCCUCUCAUUUAUCUUACUCUCCCCUCUCAUUUAUCUUACUCUCCUUCUCUUUUCACUCUUUUUCAUUUAUCUUCUCUCCCCUCAUUUAUCUUACUCUCCUUCUCAUUUAUCUUACUCUCCUUUUCAUUUAUCUUACUCUCCUUCUCAUUUAUCUUACUCUCCUUUUCAUUUAUCUUACUCUCCCACUCAUUUAUCUUACUCUCCUUCUCAUUUAUCUUACUCUCCUUCUCAUUUAUCUUACUCUCCUUCUCAACCUCUGUUAUGUCAUCGAUUUUCACAAUUUUGUUGGGUCGGUUUCACGAUUUUUUGCUCUACUCAACAUUCCUUAG